AUAUGUAAAGCUCUGCUCUUGUAUGUCUGUUUUAGGAUUUUAUGAUGCAGCAGACUAUGCUGCGGGUUAAAGAUCCAGUUAAAUCCUUGGAUUUCUACACCAGAAUCCUCGGCAUGACGCUCCUGCAAAAGUUUGACUUCCCCUCCAUGCGUUUCUCUCUCUUCUUCUUGGGCUACGAGGACAAGAAGGAGAUUCCUAGAGACGUGAAGGAGAAGACGGCCUGGGUAUUUUCCAGAAGAGCCACCAUUGAACUGACACAUAACUGGGGCUCUGAGUCUGACGAGAGGCCGUCAGUUGCCAGAAGUCCCUCUGAGUGGACCUAAAUGAGUGAAUGGAUAGAUGGAUGGAUCAAUUGAUAAAUAAAUGACACGGUUUGUAUUUAUU